CCCUCCCCGCCUCGGCGCGCGCGCGGGAGAGCGGGAACCGGGGGCGGCAGCCGCGGCCAUGGAGCAGCCGCGGCCCCCCCGCGGCCCCCCCGGUGGCGGCGAAGCGGGGCUGCCCCCCCCCCCCGGGCCCCCCGACGUCCGCUUCGUCACCGAGGAGAGCUUCGACUUCGGGCUCCUGUCCCCGUCCGACAGGUGGGGGGGGGGGGCUGAAUGGGGGACAUGGGGGGUCCAGGACGAGGACGAGGAGGAUGAAGCCGAUGUCGGGGGGGGCUGGAGCCCGCUGCGGGGCGCGCGCCUGGAGGAGCUGGUGCGGGAGGCGUCGCGCGUGGCCGCGGAGCUGCAGCGCUGCCGCCUGCCCCCCCCCGCGGGCCCCCGCCCCCCCCGCAGCCCCCGCCGGGAAACGUUCGUGGUGCGGGACAGCCCCGUGCGCGCGCUCCUGCCCACCGUGAGCGCGCGGGGCCCCCCCGCCCCACAGCCCCCCCCCCCCAAGCACCGGGCACCCCCCGCUGCCGGCAGCGCCCCCAAGGCGGCCCCCACAGCGGCACCCAAAGGACCCCCCGGCACCAGGGUGCCCCCCCCGAGCAGGGUGGGGGGAGCCCCCCCCCGGGUUUGCCCUCCCCAAGGGAGGGGGGCUGGGGCCCGGGGAAAGGAAGGAGCGCGGGGGGGGGCAGCAGCCCAGCCAAAGGCAAGGGGAGCUCCCCCCCCAAGCCGCCAGCCCCACAGCCGGACCCCGGCCCCCCCCAGCCCCUCAGCCCGUGCCCCCCCAUCCACCACCCUGCCCCGGGCCAGGGGGGGCCCGGCCCCCCGAGGAGCAUCACGGGGGCCCCCCCCAGCGCCCAGCACCGGCUGCAAACCGGGGCCCCCCCCCGGCCGCCUGCGGGGCCCCCGGAAGCCAGCGGUGAGCAGCGCCCCGAGGUGACCCCCCCACGGGAGGGGGGGGGUGGGGGUCAGGGCCCCCCCCAGGAUGAGGCCGAGGCUCAGGUUGGAUUUUGCUUUAAUUACAAAAGGAAACCAUCAUCAAUAGGACCUCCCCCCCCCCCCAAAGCACCCAGGGGUCCCCCAGCACCCUCCCCACAGUGCCCCCCCUAUGGGUGCCACCACCUGAGCCUCACCCCUGGGGGGGGAGGGUGUAAUAUUGGUUCCCCCCAUUCAUGGU